GACGCGCAAACCCGACGAAAAAAAACAUUUUUUUAAUAAAAACGGAGCGUCGAAGAGAAGCUCUGCUUCUUCACUUCCUCGACCGCUCAAAGCUCCGGCCUUCGCACCCAUCUUCCUUCCAGGAUUGGGUGCGAUAUUCCAUGAAAAGGGCGCGAUUUAGGGAGGACCGUCGUGAGCGAAGUCGACCUGUGUCCCGAGGGAAGCAUCGGUGGCUGUGGGGGGCUUCUGAAUUUUCUCCCCUUUUCUUUUAUUUUUGAGAGGGAAUCCCGAACGUAUGGCAAGGUUUUGCUGCUUUGGUGCUGGGUUCUCAGAGUUCACCGGGCAUGGGUCAACAGCAUCUGGUAAAGGGAAAGGCUGUCAGGGACAAGUUAAGGUCUGCUAUGGCUAUAACCUUGUAAGAGGGAAGACAAAUCAUCCAAUGGAAGACUACCAUGUCGCUGAUUUUGCUGAAGUGAAGGGAAACGAGCUUGGUCUUUUCGCUAUUUAUGAUGGUCAUCUAGGAGAUACCGUUCCUGCGUACUUACAGAAGAAUCUGUUUUCAAAUAUUUUGAACGAAGAAGAAUUUUGGACACAUACAGAUAGAGCGAUCAUAAAAGCUUACGAGAAAACAGACCAAGCUAUUCUGUCGCAUACUCCAGAUUUGGGACAAGGUGGCUCCACUGCUGUAACUGCCAUUCUUGUAAACGGCAGGAAGUUGUGGGUAGCUAAUGUUGGGGAUUCAAGAGCUGUUCUUUUGAAAGGCGGUCAACCCAUACAGAUGUCAAUAGACCAUGAUCCGAAUGUUGAGCGUAGCGUAAUUGAAAAUAGGGGUGGCUUUGUUUCAAACAUGCCAGGAGAUGUUCCCCGAGUAUGUGGUCAGUUGGCUGUCUCCAGAGCUUUUGGAGACAGGAAUCUAAAAUCACUCUUGAGAUCAGAGCCCGAUAUAAAAGUUGAAAACAUAGAUCACACUGCCGAGCUACUUGUCCUUGCGAGUGACGGUCUAUGGAAGGUGAUGAACAAUCAGGAAGUUGUUGAUGUGGCCAAAAGGUUCAAGGAUCCAUAUGCAGCUGCCAAGCAAUUAACGGCUGAAGCGUUAAAAAGAGACAGUAAAGAUGAUAUAUCGUGCAUUGUUGUUCGGUUCAAGGCAUAAAUUGAUCGCAGGUGACCCACGGACGGGUUGCCAUCAAUAGCAGAAAUGAGUUAAACGGCACGACUUAGGCCACCUGACGAUGGCAGUGGUAAUCCAAAGAAUAGUUACUGGGGUGUUUGGUUGUAAAGGAUUUGUCGGCUCCAUUUAUGUUCAUAUAUAAAUGUGCUAGGAUUCUUUGUUUGGCGAUUCAAAUGUACAAGGAUGCCUUAGAGCUAUGUAAAUAGCUAUCAUCUGUAAAUAAUGGUUGCAGGUAUUGAAGUUAACCAUGCUCCGUUGUGAAUUUGUGAGAGUAGGUUGAGAGUUGACAUUUGGAUAGUUAUAGUUGCAAGGUUAUAUAACAAAAAAGUUUACAAAA